UGUUUUAACGUUUUAUUCGCAACUGUGGCAGCGUGGAGUCACACCUCUACCUCGACGCGUUUAUUUAAAACGUUUGCCUUUAUUAGAGCUCCAGUCAAAGUUUGACGUGAGUGCUUUUGUUGAGUCAGAUGGGGUGGGAGUUACAGUUGUCUUUACCGUAAAUAAGCUGAAAAUGCAGAGGACCUCGUUAUCACUAUAUAGAAACAAUUUAUUUUUAAAUGAACAAAUUGCAGUUUUUAUUACAGUGCGAAUGUAAAGCUAAUAUGAUUUCAAUAUUUUCAUCGACUUUAUGUUCUCUUAAACUGUUUCAAUAAUAGUCUGCUGAGUAAACAAGUAUUUAUAAUACUUUGAAUUAAUUCUACGUUUUAAUUACAGCAUUUUAUAGCUGGUGUAUUACAGAAUAAAUACACACCAAGCAGUAACCAACAUUAUCUUAUUUUUUACUGUGCAGCUUUUACAUUUAUAUUUAACAUAAAAACACGUCUCAUAUACUUAAUCUACACUGAUUUGUUUUGAUUUAUAAAGUCAUAAUGAAUAUUUUCAUAAUAUUUUAUAUUAAAUAGUUAUAAUUAUGUAUGUUUACUGAGAGUGAAUAGCAUUCAAGUGGGGAUGAAAUAUCACCCUAAUAUUUUACACAGUGAGUCGGCAGCUGGCAACAGCACAACAAACCAUCUGAAGAUUUUAACAAAAGGGAAACUGCAGCUUUAACAACCAUUGCUGGCAGUGCUCCCUCCUUCUUGGUCUUUGGAUUAGUCAUUGUCUGAAGGGGGGGGGGAAACAAUUUUUUUGUAGGAGAAGUAAAGUAAACAGCCUCCAACAAGCGAACCUUGACAACCCAGAUUAAGGAAAACAUUGGAGAUCAAACAGUGCUGCUGCUGGGCUGUUGUCAUGAGCUGCCUGAGAGAGAGCUGCAGACUAUUUGAACAGGCACUGGGGUUUGUGUGCUCACUUAUGCAGAAAUGGACCUUCGCAAACGCUGACCCAGGUUUUAAAACACAGGAUGAACUUUCUUUGCAACUUUUUUUUGUUUUCCAGUCUUGCUGUUUUGAUAGGGCUAUUACCUUCAGACAUUCAGCCUUCAUCUGAUUCUAAUGGGAACAACCUAACACCGUCCCCCCGCGUCUAGAAACGAGACUGACUGUAGUUUCUGUGCCCCAUGCUGCAAGUGAAUAAAUUGAGUUGGCAGGGACGAAAGUAAAAGGAGAAAAAAAAGAGUUUGAAAUUUGAGGAAGGGCAGCUGUAUACAUUUUAAUGACGAAAGAUCCAUAACACUAACCAAUCUGUGAUUUUGUGUUAUCUGGAAAGCCCUUGUUUCUAGUUUGGCCUCUUCAGACUCGGGCUGAGGCUCUUCUUUGUAGAGCGUUGAGGUUCAACUGGUAAGAAAGUAAUCAGUCACUCAUGCAUUCAGUGUGAGGACUCCCAUCCCUGAGUGGAGCAGCCCUCUUUCAUCUGACGGUUCAGUAUUUGUGAACACACAUUGAAAUACCCUGUGCUGGGUACGGAGGGGCUGUUAACUGACUGUGCCCCCUUGCUUGCAGCUGAAUGAUAAGGAGAGUUAUUUUCGGUCCAGUGUGGGAAUACGGUUCUGCAUUUGCCGUAUUUUAUUUAUAUAAGAUUUAUUUACUGGCUUCACCCUUCACUUGAUUACAUAUUCAAGAUAACCUCGAACCAGUUGCUUGUAACACAUUUUUUUUUGUUGUUGCACAAAGCAAGUCGAGUGACAGAUAAAUAAAGAGGAUUUUCUAGCAAAUGAAUUGGUCAUGUGAUUUUUGCGUGUUUGAUUCACAACAGCAGAAAAGGGGAAGAAGCAGUGAAUGAAAGUGAUAACAAAAGGAUAAGCAGAACGAUAUAUUUUUUCGAUGGGUAAAGGUUAGUGUGUCCCAGCCCCUGUGGUGUGCCUGGGCAGACGGGUCUCAGUGCCAGGGAAGGCGAUUGGUCAGUGAGGGGGGACAGCUUCAGGUGAGCUUCAGGGCAACAUGGAAAGGAAGUGAAGUUGACAACUUUGGGAAGAAACUAAAAGCCCCUAGUGAAAGUUGAUUACGUCAGAACUACUGGAAGCUGAAUUCUUAUUGGUGGAAUGGAGUGCCAAUCAGUCUAGCACCAUUGAUCAGGCCUGCUGCUCCAGCCAGGAGACUCCAGUGGUGACAUCCUGUGGAGCCACAGAUCAAAGGCGAGGGGGCUGUUUCACCUCUGCUGGAACUGAAGAUUGCUUUAAAUAAGCAAGUCCUUGUAGAAGGUUUUUAAGUCAUGAUGCAAGAAUCUGGGACGGAGGCGACGAGUAACGGACCAGCCAGUCAAAAUGGUGGAGCGAGCAUGGAGGGUGGGUCCAGGGAAGGGCGACCCGAGAAUGCCACACCGUCAGUGGAGGUGACUGCGGUUGACCUCCUGCAUCUCCAGCAGCACCAGGCUCUACAAGUGGCACGGCAGAUACUCCUCCAUCAGCAACAGCAGCAGCAGCAGCAGCAGCAGCAGCCUCAUCAACUACUGUCUCAACAAAACACUGGCCGCAAAUCCCCCAAAGCCAACGACAAGCAGCAAAGCCUACAGGUUCCAGUGUCAGUGGCUAUGAUGACACCUCAAGUGAUAACUCCACAGCAGAUGCAGCAAAUCCUCCAGCAGCAAGUCCUGAGCCCUCAGCAGCUCCAGGUUCUUCUCCAGCAGCAGCAGGCCCUCAUGUUACAACAGCAGCAACUCCAAGAGUUUUACAAGAAGCAGCAGGAACAGCUCCACCUCCAGCUCCUACAGCAGCAGCAUGCAGGCAGCAAGCAGAGUAAAGAGCAGCAGGUGUCAGCGCAGCAGUUGGCCUUCCAGCAGCAGCUCCUGCAGGUCCAGCAGGUCCAGCAGCAGCAUCUACUCAACCUUCAGAGGCAGGGUCUGCUCACCAUCCAGCCCGGACAGACCGGCCUGCCACUGCACUCCCUCACUCAGGGCAUGAUUCCAGCUGAGCUGCAGCAACUGUGGAAGGAGGUGACGAACGCUCAUGUGAAGGAGGAGCACAACAGCAGCAGCAACAACGGCCACCGGGGCCUUGACCUGUCCUCCCCGGCACCGCCAAAGAACCCACAUCUCAACCAGCACUCCUCCACCAACGGGCAGUAUAUGAGUCACAAGAGAGAAGGAACCACGCUAGAGGAGCAUUCCCACCACAGUCACCCUCUCUACGGUCACGGUGUUUGCAAGUGGCCCGGAUGUGAGGCAGUGUUUGACGAUUUCUACUCAUUCCUCAAGCAUCUUAACAAUGAGCACGCCCUGGAUGACAGGAGCACGGCCCAGUGUCGAGUGCAAAUGCAGGUCGUACAACAGCUGGAGCUGCAGCUAUCGAAAGACAAAGAGCGUCUGCAAGCGAUGAUGACGCACCUUCAUGUCAAGUCCACGGAGCCCAAAGCCAACCCACAGCCGCUCAACCUUGUGUCCAGCAUCACGUUGUCCAAGUCAGCCCAUGAGGCCUCCCCGCCUCUGAGCCUGCCCCAGACACCGACCACACCCACCACACCCCUCACACCCCUAUCCCAGACCCACUCAGUCAUCACAGCCAACAGCCUCCACAGCGUGGGCCCCAUGCGACGGCGCUACUCGGAAAAGUACAACAUGCCCAUCUCUCCAGAUAUCAUUCAGAACAAAGAGUUUUACAUGAACGCAGAAGUAAGACCACCGUUCACGUACGCCUCGCUAAUAAGACAGGCAAUUCUGGAGUCUCCAGAAAAGCAGCUAACACUAAACGAAAUCUACAACUGGUUCACACGAAUGUUUGCAUAUUUUAGACGCAACGCAGCGACGUGGAAGAAUGCAGUCCGGCAUAAUCUUAGUCUUCACAAGUGUUUUGUGCGAGUAGAAAACGUAAAAGGGGCUGUGUGGACAGUCGACGAACUAGAGUUCCAAAAGAGACGGCCUCAAAAGAUCAGUGGAAGUCCAGCCUUAGUGAAGAACAUUCAGACCAGCCUGGGCUAUGGUCCGACCCUCUCUGCUGCCUUCCAGGCUUCAAUGGCAGAAAACAACAUACCUCUAUACACUACUGCUUCCAUUGGAAGUCCUACCCUCAACUCCCUGGCCAACGCCAUCCGCGAGGAGAUGAAUGGAGCGAUGGACCAUGGAAACAGCAACGGCAGUGACAGCAGCCCAGGACGCUCGCCCCUGCCAGCUAUGCAUCACAUCAGCGUUAAGGAGGAACCACUGGACCCCGAAGACCACGAAGGGCCCCUCUCCCUGGUAACGACUGCCAAUCACAGUCCGGAUUUCGAUCACCACAGAGAUUAUGACGACGACCAGGGCCACGAUGACAUGCUGUAAGGCUAAGAGCGGCCCCUCCCCUCCCCAGCCUCAGAGGCCGAGGCAGUCUGGGUCAUCUGGGAGACAGAAGCGCUCCGCAGAUAACAAACACUGAACUGCAGUCUCAGCCACUGAUGACAGCUCUCAAAUGUCUCCGAGUCAACUUUUUAGUGCCAUUACAAUACAUAGCAAAAACACACACACAAACAGAAACACAGAAUACAGCCCACACGAGGCGUCUUUUUUCUGAUUCCUUUGUACUUUUGGUUUAAGUAAAGCUUAAAAAAAGCAAUCUUCCUUUCUACCCAUGGGUCGGAUGGACUUGUUUGGUACGGGGGGGCGACGCGUUCGCGCUCCGACCCAGACCCUUGCCGCGCAGCCAGGACACGCUGCGCUCCGCGGACUGCGAGAGGGAUUGCGUCUCUCCCCCACCUACCCCCACAAUCUCUCUUCUUCUCUUCCAUUCUCCCUCUGUCAGACACACACAUCUUACCACAAACUGAGGAGAGAGAGAGCGGACAAUGACUGACGUUUAAUUUACACCGUGUGCGUAGGUGUGUGUGAGGGAGAGCGAGUGCAGACUUCUGUUCAUUGUCACUGCCUUCAACACUUCUCAUUGGUUUGAUUCCAUCUGGGGUGGGAGGGAUGUUGCUUUUAUUCGGGUGUAUUUUGUGUUGGGGGUGAGAGGUUAUAAAAUAUCAACGUAAUGUGUUUUUCUUCAUCAUUCAAUGCUGAUAUGGAUGUUGCAUCUAUUUUGUUGUUGUUUUUGUUUCUGUAAACUGAUCAGACCUCAUGCCCAUGCUGUGGAGAUUCUGUGUGGUCCGCACUUGAUGAUGAAUGUUUAUGAUUUCUUUUUCACCUUGUUCUUUUUUUAAACACACACACAUGAAGCAGAAUGUCUGAUACCGAGCAGUAUUUUUCUGUCAUUUAUUCCAAAUAUCAUCAUGGAAAUGAAAAAAAAAAAAAAAGUCACCGCUCUGACAUGUAGCCCACCCCUCACCCGCUCUUCUUCUUCUUCCUCCUCAUGAAGUCCAUUGGCGAUGCACUACUCAUAAUGAAGGCUCUCUCCACGCAUCAAUGAAGCUUAAUUUAAGAUGCGAAUGAAUGACAGAGAAAUCAUGCAGGUUAUGGUUUAUCCUUUACUUUAAAACAGCCCUCGCCACAGAGCAUGCUUAGCCGCAACACAAUUUCUGAUCACUUACAAGCUCCGGGGUCUUUUUUUUAUUAUGUAAAAUGAAAAUGUCAGGUGUGCACCGGCGAGAUAAAGAUUUCCACCAAUUAAUUGUGAUUUCAGAACACAACCGUCAUUGUUAAUCAAACUAUGUCUGGCUUUUUCCACUCUGUAAUUUCAUUCAGAGCUUGAAGAUAAUUUCCCACGUAGUUUUAUUUUGUAUCUUGCGCUUUGGUCUGAUCGUUUUUUUAAGUUUUAGUGAUUGUUAAUGUAAAUGCACAUGACAAAAUGCCCCUGUCUCCUUCUUCUUCAAGGGAACAAAGUCCCAGAGACUCGCAAUAAGACCGAAAACGUUGCACAUUCCAGCAUUUGACAGCCACCGUGAAAGCGCCCGGACGUACAGUACAUGCCGUGUUAGAGAGUGUGGAUACCUCGACGUUAAGUGUCACCCCCAAAAAAAAAAAAAGCCAAUGAGUUCUAGUCCACUUUGAACUGAGUGAUUUCCACAUGUGGUUUUAUGAUGCAGCAGCAAAAAUUCCAGCUUUGAUAGAUAGUCAAAUUUGAAAGAGACCAUGAAUUUCAAGACUGCAAUCAACCACUUUUAAAUUUGUAUUUAUUAUUAGUAUUAUUAUGAUCAUUUUAUGUUUUAUUUGGCUUUUUCUGUUGUUGUUCAUCUGUUUUAUUAUCGUGUUCUGUGACUACCAAAGAUAAACUACAAAGUCAAUGUUGUGUGUUCCAUGCAAUAGCAGAUAGGCCAAAUAUGUCCCCUCCGUUCUCUCCCGCUGGACGACCUCAGCGGCUGCGGUCGAGCCGGUGGCAGACUGGAUCCAGGGCCAAGCUCCUCCAACUCAUUCACCUUUAUUAGAAAAGGACAAAAUAGAACCAAAGGGGGGCGUCCCGGACAGGACAAGCUGCGUUUGGCAGUGACCAAAUCUGACCGGGAGGUGCUGACAGUCUGACUCCAUGAUGAUGACCAAAUUAGGGAAACUUUUUUGUCUUUGGGCCAGUGAGUGGAAAGAGGGAGCUUUUUGGUCAGGAACAGAUUUGUGCGCAAAAUCAAGGGUGUGUACUGUAGAUAACGCUGAAAAAAAAAUGUACUGGCAAAUGGGAAAAGCUUUGCAGAGAACAAUGUGAAAUGGAUUCUAUACUUCAACUGGACCACACAAUGAUUUGUUGUUUCUCUUCAUUUUUCUUUCUUUACAUGUUUGUAUCCUUUGAAAUGAUUGUAUGCCACUUUUUAGGGGUUUUAGUGUCUUUAUGAGGGAAGACUUUAUGAUUGUGUUUAGUUUCUGUCAACUUAUUACUUUUUAUAUUAAAAAACACUCCUGUCAACUAAUAA